CAACUUGAUCACCUUGGGAUUUCAGCCUCUCCCCAGCUCGCUUGCUGCAGUCGAAAGCGAUGGCCCAGGGGACCAGGAUGAGUGGAACCUCUACCAUCACUAUCUCUCCAGCGAAUUCAUGCUUCGUCCAGAGGCUGUCCGUGAGCCGCCUCGCCUCAGCACCAUCCUGGAGCGUUGGAGAGAUGAGUGUCGCAUUGCCAAUACCCACUGGGACAAUUUGACAGAAACAGAACGGACCUAUCGAGUGGGCUUAUCGGACAAGCACAUCCGAGCAACGUCGCGGCUCCGUGUUGCGAUCGUACCUCCGUACCUCUGACUAGGGAAUAUCACUAAGGUGUUGGGUUCGGAGACGAGCACGUAAAAGAGGGGAGUAGUCAAAAU